CGUCAGUCACAAGCUGAAAUGUGUGACAGCUCAUGAAAACAUCAAAAAUUGAAGUGCGUCUCUUGCCCACUAUGGAAGACGUCCCAGAUUUUUAUUUCUGAUCGUGCUUCGGUAGUCAUGUUAUGUAGCCUUGAACAUCUGUUGACAGCUUUCUUAAUGAGGAAUCUUGGUCACAAAUGCAUAGAAGACGUGGUUACAGGCUGUUCCAGCCGAAUUUUGAUUGGAUUAUGAUUAGAGAUCAAGUUGGAGAAACUGCGUACGGCAACGCGUAUUUGGAAAUCGAAGUGAAAAAUCCUAGAACCCAUAUUGAGAAGGAAAAGGCGCUUUAUACUGACUACGAAAUUGAAUUGAAGACGAAUCAUCCAGCAUUUCCAUUGUUCCACUCUCAAGUUAGACGAAGAUAUUCAGAGUUUGUAUGGCUGAGAACAAGAUUGGGUCUUGAUGAUUUUGUCAUGUUGCAAGUCCCACAUCUGCCAAGAAAACAGUAUAUUGGACGUUUUAAGGAGGACUUUUUACAGAAACGUCAAGAGGGAUUAGCAAGGUUCCUGAACAGGCUUGCAAGCAUUAAUUCUUUGGUGAACAAUUCAGCCAUGCUACUAUUUCUUCAGACAAGACUCAGUAAACAUCAAAUGGACUACUACAUGAAAACACGCACUCCAGGAGGUAUCAGAUCACUUAUUUAUAGACUGCAUGAGAAAGAAUUGAAAAGAGAUGACUCAGAAAGAAGACCUAGAACAAAAACAUUCAGUGCUGAGUAUCCAUCCACAGAAAAGUCCCAAACCCUGAAACACAAGUCAUAUGGUAAGGGAUGGUCAAGUUUUCACGAUGAUAACCUGUUUGGGUUUAAUGCUACUGUUGAAGAUGCUAUUGAUGUUCCAGCCCGCAAAGACAUGAGGAAAUGUCGCAGUAUCAGCUGCUGUGCGUAUCCCACUGGCCAGUUGACCCUUCCCACAAUUCCGGGUAGCAGUGAGGAUGGGCUAGAUAGUGCAGGGAGUGCAUCAUUUAUAGAACCAGAUGAGCAAACUGAAGAACAUCCACUGAGUCGCAGCUGGCAUGGAACACCAAGGGAUGAAAUUGACUUUGUAUUAGAGGAUUAUGAGAUUAUUCCAUUGGAGUCUAUAACACAGAUGGGAGCACAUGAUGAUUGUGACAGCUUGUUAAGUGAGUUUUAUGACCUGGACUUGGACUAUGUGGAUGCUGUAAAACCUGGUGCAGAAUAUGGAAGAGAACAUCGCUUUGAUUAUUAGCACCAGCUAUGUAUCCAUUAACUAAUCAAUAAGGCUGGGUUAGGUCAAGUCAGUGAGGGUUGAACUUAAAAAGGGACUUGGAUUAUGUCAAUACUGUGUGAACAGACCUAAACUGGUUAAGAAAAAGGAAGAAUUAAGGAACAUCUUUUUCCCUGAUCUUGAUUUUAACCAUAAUAAUGAUGAUUAAUGAAACUGUAAAGAAACAGUCUAUUAGUUAUCUAUAGUCAUUAGUUAUCUAUAGUCAUUAGUUAAUGGAAUUUUUCAGGAAUAUUUUGUGAUAUAGACACUCCUAAGCUUGCCAAAGGAGAAAUGAUAAUGAAAGAACAUGUUAAAACAUAGCCAUAAGGACGAUGAUCGAUAUGCCAUUAUACUAUCUAUGUACAGUGUACAGACUUUGGUUUAUAUGGAAUGAUAUGUAGACUUAACAAUAUUAGACAAUAAGAGUUAGCAAUGUUAUGAAAAAGACUAUUUUCCAGUUGAAUAUAUGUGGCUUUAAUUAAUGGUAUCAAUGCAUGAAAUUGAUUAUUGGCUAUACUAUUACCAGUUUCUCAACACUGUCAGUGACUCUUUAGGCUCCACAAACACUUUAUUUUUAUCUAGUAUUCUGAAAGUAGUCAUAAAAAUACCUCAUGAAGCUACUUAAUCAUAUAAAUGAUCACCUUUGAUGAGACCUUGUGGACUAGUUUUCAAAACUAUGUAAGCAUGAUCUGCACAAGACUUAUUUGUGUCAACAAGAGACUAAUACUUUUAAUUCUAGAUGAUAGAGGAACCAUUCAAACUCACUAAAAAACUGAUAUGAUUAAGCAGCUCCCAAAUAGUUGUCUUGUCAGUAAAGGAACUAUAGUGCAUCUAUAUUCCUGCUUGUGAAUCAGGCUAAACAGUUUUGGUAAUGCAAGAUCUAGUUUGAUAAAGAAGUCUGUGUUUUAGAGGAAUUUACAAAUUAUUUAGGUGGGAAUUGUUUGGGAAUUGUGUUUCUCUAAUUGCAGUUUUGAACUUUUCUUUGCUGAAUGUCAUGAAAGAGAUGAAUUGACAAUAUUGUGUAUAGUUAGGCUGGGGAUAGUGGUAUUUAGGUGUCCUUGUUCAGCUCUUUUUAUGCAGUGUACUAAAUAUCAUAGUUUUUCUUAAAUUUUUCUCUGUUGUGUUAGUAUGAAAAGAAUAUAAUACUUUGAUGGACUGCA